GCGCCCUGCGCGGAACUGGUCCGCGAGCCGGGCUGCGGCUGCUGCUCCGUGUGCGCCCGGCUGGAGAAAGAGGCGUGCGGCGUCUACACCCCGCGCUGCGGCCAGGGGCUGCGCUGCUACCCCCACCCCGGCUCCGAGCUGCCCCUGCAGGCGCUGGUCCUGGGCGAGGGCACUUGCGAAAAGCGCCGGGACGCCGAGUACGGCUCCAGCCACGAGCAGGUUGCAGACAAUGGCGAUGACCACUCCGAGGGAGGCCUGGUUGAGAACCACGUGGACGGGACCUUGAACAUGUUGGGAGGUGGAGGCAGUGCUGGCCGGAAACCCAUCAAGGGCAUGAAGGAGCUGGCCGUGUUUCGGGAGAAGGUCACCGAGCAGCACCGUCAGAUGGGCAAAGGCGGAAAACACCACCUUGGCCUGGAGGAGCCCAAGAAGCUGCGGCCGCCCCCUGCCCGGACCCCCUGCCAGCAGGAACUGGACCAGGUCCUGGAGCGGAUCUCCACCAUGCGCCUUCCAGACGAGCGCGGUCCUUUGGAACACCUCUACUCCUUGCACAUCCCCAACUGUGACAAGCAUGGACUGUACAACCUCAAACAGUGCAAGAUGUCCCUGAACGGGCAGCGUGGGGAGUGCUGGUGUGUGAACCCCAACACCGGGAAGCUGAUCCAGGGAGCCCCCACCAUCCGGGGGGACCCCCAGUGUCAUCUCUACUAUAAUGAGCAGCAGGGGGCUCGUGGGGUACACACCCAACGGAUGCAGUAAACCAUAGCCAGCCGGUGCCGGGCACCCCCUGCCUCCACCCCCUCUCGCCAACACGGCAGAGAGGGGAGAGCUUGCGUCGUGGGCAGGGAGGGUUUUCCAGGAGUUUUGACAAGUGUAUUUAUAUUUGGAAAGAGACCAGCACCGAGCUUGGCACCCCUCCUUCCCCCUCCCCCUCCCCAGCUGGAGAUACCUGCCACCCCUUUCUCUGUCCCAACUGGGAAGGAGGGGUGGUUGCAGUGGCGGAGCUGGGGACGAGGUUUGGGAGGGGGGAAGAAAUUUUUAUUUUUGAACCCCCUGUGUCUCUUUUGCUUAAGAUUAAAAGAAAGAAAA